CUCGGAAGUGACGCAAUGGGUCCCCCCUCCCCCCUUCGCUAGAUCCGCUGCUGCUGCUGCUGCGGACCGAGCUGCUGGAGGUGGCCGCGGCGGCGGCGGCAGCGGCAGCCGAGGGAAAAUGGCGGACGGUGUGGAUCAUAUAGACAUUUACGCGGAUGUGGGCGAGGAGUUCAACCAGGAAGCUGAAUACGGUGGGCAUGAUCAGAUAGAUUUGUAUGAUGAUGUCAUCUCUCCAUCUGCAAAUAAUGGAGAUGCCCCAGAAGACCGGGAUUACAUGGAUGCUCUCCCACCUUCUGUUGGCGAUGAUGUAGGUAAAGGAUCAGCACCAAAUGUUGUCUAUACCUAUACUGGAAAGAGAAUUGCAUUGUACAUUGGAAAUCUUACAUGGUGGACAACUGAUGAAGAUUUAACUGAAGCAGUCCAUUCUUUGGGGGUAAAUGAUAUUUUGGAGAUAAAGUUUUUUGAAAACCGUGCUAAUGGCCAAUCAAAGGGGUUUGCCCUUGUUGGGGUUGGAUCUGAAGCAUCCUCAAAAAAGUUAAUGGAUCUGUUGCCUAAAAGGGAACUACAUGGUCAGAAUCCUGUUGUGACUCCGUGUAAUAAGCAGUUCCUGAGUCAAUUUGAAAUGCAGUCCAGGAAAACUACACAGUCAGGACAAAUGUCUGGGGAAGGUAAAGCUGGCCCUCCAGGAGGCAGUUCACGUGCAGCAUUUCCACAAGGUGGUAGAGGACGGGGCCGUUUUCCAGGGGCUGUUCCAGGUGGGGACAGAUUUCCUGGACCAGCUGGACCAGGAGGGCCACCCCCACCUUUCCCAGGAAAUUUGAUCAAGCAUCUUGUUAAAGGAACUCGGCCUUUGUUCCUGGAAACUAGGAUUCCAUGGCAUAUGGGGCACAGCAUAGAGGAAAUACCCAUUUUUGGCCUAAAAGCUGGACAAACUCCACCACGUCCACCCCUAGGUCCUCCAGGCCCUCCCGGCCCACCAGGCCCUCCACCUCCUGGUCAGGUUCUUCCUCCUCCAUUAGCUGGGCCUCCUAAUCGAGGUGAUCGCCCUCCACCACCAGUUCUUUUUCCAGGACAGCCUUUUGGGCAGCCUCCAUUGGGUCCGCUUCCUCCUGGUCCUCCACCUCCAGUGCCAGGCUACGGCCCCCCUCCUGGUCCUCCACCUCCACAGCAGGGACCGCCUCCACCUCCAGGCCCUUUUCCACCUCGCCCACCUGGCCCUCUUGGGCCACCCCUUACACUUGCUCCUCCUCCACAUCUUCCUGGACCACCUCCAGGUGCCCCCCCACCAGCUCCACACGUGAACCCAGCUUUCUUUCCCCCACCAACCAACAGUGGCAUGCCAACAUCAGACAGUCGGGGUCCACCACCCACAGACCCAUAUGGCCGACCUCCCCCGUAUGAUAGAGGUGACUAUGGGCCCCCUGGAAGAGAAAUGGAUGCUGCAAGAACACCAUUAAGUGAAGCAGAGUUUGAAGAAAUCAUGAAUAGAAACAGAGCAAUUUCAAGCAGCGCCAUUUCAAGAGCUGUGUCUGACGCCAGUGCUGGUGAUUAUGGGAGUGCUAUUGAGACAUUGGUAACUGCUAUUUCCUUAAUUAAACAAUCCAAAGUAUCUGCUGAUGAUCGUUGCAAAGUGCUUAUUAGUUCUUUGCAGGAUUGCCUUCAUGGAAUUGAGUCCAAAUCUUAUGGUUCUGGAUCAAGAAGACGUGAACGCUCAAGAGAGAGGGACCACAGUAGAUCCAGAGAAAAGAGCAGACGUCACAAAUCUCGUAGUAGAGAUCGUCAUGAUGAUUAUUAUAGAGAGAGAAGCAGAGAACGAGAAAGACAUCGGGAUCGUGACCGAGACCGUGAUAGAGAACGUGACAGAGAGCGAGAAUAUCGUCACCGUUAAGAGAAGUAAAUACCUACAUAUUAAAUGGUCCCGCUACAUGUGCAGGAUUUGUUCUUCAGGAAACAUGCAAGACAGUAAUGCCAGGUAAGUAAUUUCAGGUAAAAAAAAAAAUCCAUAUUUCUUCUCCCUUUAAUAUAUUCUUACUGCAUGGAUAUGUUAAUUUGUAUGAUAUAUGAUUGAUUCUUUUUUUAGGGAAAAGAGGACGAUAUCUUACUACUUUAAUAUAAUCAACAGGGCUCAUUCUCCACUACUAAAAUCUGAAAAUUUGUUACCCCUAAAUCAUUUCCAUAGUUUUCAUUUUCAAUAAAUUAAAAGAAAUUGUUUGAAAUUUCCUAUAAUACAUAAAUUCCAAUAUAUACUAGAUUUCCUUUCAAACGGUUUAAAAUUUCUUUUUGAGUUUUGCCCCCAUAAUUGUUUUUGUUUGUCCUGGGGAAGCAUAUACUUGGGUAUUAUUAUUAGUUUGAGGAUCAGCAAAUGGUUACGUUAAGAUUAAAUGCUUUUUGAGAGAAAAUCCAUAAUUUCAUGAUCACAAAACCUGUAUGAAUCCUGAAAAGCUAUUUCACACUACAAAAUAAAUAUAAAAACUACUCAAUUAUUAUUUGUUUAGAAUGUCAGUAGAUAAUAAAACUUGCAAAAAACUGAAGAUCCUGAUUUAGUAAUUUGAGAUAAAACCUUUGGCCAGAAAUCAAUUUGCUUCAAUGUGUCAUUCAUAAGCCAUAACCAUUGCUUGUCUUAUCUUUUUUUCUGUACUUUAAAACGAUUUCUUCUGUAUGUGUUAAGGAUAUUAAUAGAAGAAAUGUCUGUAUAAUUCAUUUUCAUGUACAAUUUGAUCUUAUAUUUGUAAAUAGAAUUCAUAACAUGAAAAGUGGGGAAACAUAUUAUUACCACGUGGCUUAUAUGCAUGUGACAUAAAGGUUACUUUUUUUUGUUUUCAAAAGCAUAUUUGCCCUUAUGUUGAUGGUUGAUCCAUAUUUAACUAAGCCUGUUUCUUGUCUAGUACUACCCUCAAAUAGCUUACUUUAGUAGUAACCUAGGGCACUUAGGAAAUUUAAGCAACGUUAUUUUGAUAUAGGUAUCAUUUUAAAUGGUCAAGUCUCAAACUUUAUCAAAUAGAGACAACUAGAAUAGAUUUUUCCUUCUAGCACCUUAGGUUUUUUUCACAUUUUAAAAUCGAAGUAAUUCAUGAAUUAAACUGCUCUGUACAAAGUAACCCAUUUAAGUGGAAUAGUGGUUACACACACACACACACACACACACACACUCUAGUGGUUUUAAAUUUUGAAUAGGCUAAUUUUCUUUGACCUUUUAAGUUUCCUAUUUACUGAAGAUUUAGUUUUUCACAAAUUCAGUAUGUAUAUAGAGAUAAUGGUCAAAACAACCCCUUUAAGGGGAGGUAAUAACAAAUCGCUAAGGGUUUUUAAAAAAUUUCCAAAUCAUCUCAUAUGUAUAUAAAUAUAGAAAAAAAAAUUUUAACGUUUUACUUUUGCUGUGGGUAGGAAUUGAAUGUUACAGUAUCUUGUAAAUCUAAAUCUUAUUUUGCCCCAACUUUGAGAACUGACCAGAAAAAGUUCCAGUAUUUACUGUACCAAUUAUUUAUUUGAAGUAAAUUGUGACCAUCCAAAUGGCUUGUAAUCCUUAAUGAUUUGAGUUUCGUCAAUCUCAUUUCAAGAAUCAUAUUAGUAUACACAUAUUUCAUUUAUGCCCAGGUACAGGUUCUGUGUUUUGAUUUUUUAAUUUAGAGUUUGUCAGUUAACAUCAGCAAGCCUCUAGUUGCUGAAAGCACAGGGAUAAUAAAACUUGGAAUAUUGUUAGAAUUUAAUUAUUAAAUUUGUUGAUCCUCAUAUUUAAAGGCCUUGUGCCUGGUUAUUUCUCUUUGUUCUUAAGUAUGUUUAAUGACAUUUUGAAAAUUUACAUUUCAUUUGGGCAGAAAUUCCUGACAUGUAAAAAUCCAUUGUAAAUUUUAAGUAUUUUGAUAUUACACUCCAACAUUAGUCACCUAGGUAUUUCAUAAUGAGUUAAACUACAUUCAGCAAUUAAAUAUGAACUGGCAACAUGUUAUUGAAAUCUUUUUUUCUUAAAAUUAUGAUGUAUUAUACCAAAAGUCCCUCUUUUUUUUUGUACUUUAAUUCAAACUGAGUUGUAAUAAUGUGCCUUUAUCUAAGGAAAACAAUUUGCUUAUGAAUUUCUGAAAUAUAUUGUUCUUUUUGCUGUACCAACAUUAUUGAUUACAGAUGUAAAAGGCAAUUUAAAGGUUGUAGAGUUAAGUAUUUGAGCUAAAGAGUCUUAAAUUAAAAAAAACCCAAACCAUUAUGAUAGAAAUUAUUGCUAACCCAUUAAAAUGAAGUCUGUUGUUGGCCCACUUUGAAGCUUUUAAAUUCAUGAGUCCUCUUGAGCUUACUUGUAAGACUUUAGAUGUACUUAAUGGAUUGAUCACAGCCUGAAAGCCAAAUGAAUGUCAGUCAAAAUUAUGUAUGGAAAUAAAAUAGCAAUGGGAUUUUAUCAGUGACAACACAUUGACAAAAAUAGGCAUGCUUUUAAUUGUUAAUUUGAUGAAUGUCAACAAGUUAUUUGUCUGUCCCAUCUUAAUUUUUUGUGUGUUCAAACUGUUGGUUAACAUGUUAAAUACAUUCACUCAUUUCUUAAAAUUGUAUAACUAUUUUUAGAAAACUUAAUAAUUUGAGGGAAAGACCUCUUCUAUUGUAAAUUUUGGUAUGUAACUGCAUUGUGCUUCAUUUUUUUGUAAUUUCUUCAUCAAUAUUCUCAAACCACUCUAAGCAAAAUAUAAGUAGCAUAGAGCUUGCUUUCUAUAGUUUUAAAAGAAAUGAGUUGUUAUUAAUAGUCUUAAGUUUCUCUUUCUUUUUCUGGAUGUUAAUUUCCUUUAUCUUCAUGAAAGAAAGUGUGGGUUGCUUACUUUAUUUUUGUCCCUAUCUUCACUUCUCUGGAAAUCUCAGAAGUGAUUAAGUUUUAUUAAUAUGAGAGAGAUUGAACUAUUGACAUGCAUUUUCCUUUUGAAAGGUAAUUUACAAAUUAUUUAAUCUGAAAUUCUUUCUUAAAAAAAGAGAAGGGAAUGUUUGAUUUGAUCAAUUCUCAGCCAUAUUGUAAUCUAGUAAUUCAAUUAAUUCACACUAUGCUUUGAAGUGGGCUGAAGUUUUUAUAUUUUAUUUGUACUAGCUAGGAAAAAAGUAUGCUAUUACAAACAAGAUUAUGGGAUGGAUUUUAUUUUAGACACUUUACAUGAUUAAGCCAUACUAACUAGCCAUUUCUAACAGUAAAAAUGGUGAUGCCAAUCUCAUUUACUAUGGCAUGACCUCUUCCUGCUAACAUCCCUUCAAUCUAGAACAUCAAAUAUUAAUUUGGGCUUUUUAUACUUGAGAAUAAUAAAUAUCCAACUCUAUUGACUUGACAAGUUCAGACUGAUCUUUGACCUUGCUCUUGUCGCUUCAAAUCAGUCUGGUUUUAUCUUUAGUCAUUUCACAUAGUCAAAGUUACCUAGUAAGCCUGUUGUAGGGGACAGAGAAUUAAGACUUUGAGUCAUGAAGGACUUCCUAGCGCUGUUACCUUGAGGGAGACACUUAAAACUAAUGAGGAUGAUAUUCAUUGACCUCAAAGGUCCUUUUUAGCUUUAAAUUUUGGAUGCUAGGUUUCUUAAAUUUCCUAAUAUUUGGACUACAUGAUCUUUAAGGUUUCUUCUAUUCUAAUAUUCUAUACAGAGCCAUGGUUGUACAAAAUUGAUAAGAAUAUAAAACCUAAUGCCCAGAUAACAUCUGUAAAAUAAAGAGUUUGAAAAGAAAUUUUUUUUUUUAACCUGGCUUACUGGGGGAGAAAAACCUUUUUUUGUAUUCUUAAUCAAAAUUAUUUUGCUGUUAGUUUGGAGCUGACAAACCAGAAAGAGCUAGAGAAUGGGAUUCUUGAUGCAUGUUCAUAUUUGGUACUUAAAUAUUUAAACUUUUAUUCAACAAACUUUUGUUAGGCAAUUGCUAUAUACAAAGCACUCUGCUAAGCAAGUUUUUUCAACUCUUAAAGCAUAUUAAAAACUGCAUUAAUCUAGCCCUGUAUUUCUUUUGUCUUCCCAGCUCUUUACCUUUUAUUGCAUAUGCACAUGAUAAAAGUUCUAACCAAUAAUGGUUAAAAAAUGUCUGUAAUAGUCUCUCAAAUUUAAGAACUGUUAGCUGUUUGUACAUUAUUUGUAAAAUGAUGGUUUGCAUGAAGGUGUUGUAAAUGUUUUGCUUAUUGUGGUUUGAGAAUAAGUAUAAUUUUGUUUAAAAACUCAUUGAGUUCCCUGUUUUUAUAAUAUUUCUUAGUGACUGUGGGUUGCUGCAUCUCCUCACCUUCAUUUCAAUGUGAAACUUAUUUUCACUGUUUAGCUUGUAAACUAGACUGUAGGUUUGUUUGAAUGGAUGUUUCCAAUUAAUACUGAAUAAAUAGUUAAUGCUAAUCAGAAAA